UCCCUCAGAGGCAGCCGGGCUGGGCGGGGUUGGGCUGCUUCUCCUCCGCCUGAGGCUGUGUGCAAGCGGAGCCCGAGUGCCGCUCCUGAAGUGAAGUUGUAGUUGCGGGUCAGCGAUGUGAUGUGGAGUUUGGGCUCCAGCGCCUGCGAAGUUGGUGUGGCGGAGCCUUUUGCUGCCGCCGAGACGGGACAUGGCGAAUGUCAAAGUAGCUGUGCGGGUCCGGCCUUUGAGCAAAAGAGAGCAUGCAGAAGGAAGAAGGAUAAUUGUGGAAGUUGAAGACACAAUGGCAAAAAUUAGUAACAUGAAGGUGGACAACAGGUAUGAAGGUCUUUGGGACACAAGAGAAAAAGUUGUGUCAUUUGGGUUUGAUUACUGCUAUUGGUCAGUUGAUCCUGAGGACCCCCAAUUUGCAUCUCAGGAAGUGGUUUUUCAGGACCUUGGCACUUCAGUAUUAUCUGGUGCUUUUCAAGGAUACAACAUUUGUCUGUUUGCAUAUGGCCAGACUGGUUCGGGAAAAACAUACACCAUGAUGGGAACUCCGGUGUCUGUUGGAUUAACUCCACGUAUAUGUGAGGGUCUGUUUUCAAGGGAAGAUGACUAUUUAAAGCAGCCAGCAUCUUGUAGAGUAGAAGUCAGUUUCCUAGAAAUCUAUAAUGAGCGAGUCCGAGAUUUGUUGAGGCCAUCAACACAUGAAAAGCCAUACACACUUCGUGUUCGUGAGCAUCCUGAGACAGGACCAUAUGUUCAAGGAUUGUCUCAACAUGUGGUUACGGACUAUCAUCAAGUAGUUAGACUUUUGGAAGAAGGAGUGGCAAACAGAAUUACUGCAGUAACACAUGUUCAUGAUGCCAGCAGCCGAUCCCAUGCCAUCUUCACUAUUCAGUAUACUCAAGCUACAUUGGAGAAUAACCUGCCCUCUGAAAUCGCAAGCAAGAUCAAUUUAGUGGACCUUGCAGGCAGUGAAAGAGCUGAUCCCAGUUACUGCAAAGAUCGGAUUACAGAAGGGGCUAACAUUAACAAAUCAUUGGUGACCCUGGGAAUUGUCAUUUCUGCCUUAGCACAAAAUUCUCAGAUGAUCAGCAGUUGCCAGAGUAUAAGCAGCAUAGCCAGUGAUGUGGAUAGCGCCCACACAGGCAGCCCCUGUGGAGCUGGUCAGAGACGUCAGGCUUACAUUCCAUACCGUGACUCCAUCCUCACUUGGCUUCUGAAAGAUAGUUUGGGUGGUAAUUCCAAGACAAUUAUGAUUGCAACAAUCUCUCCUGCAAGUUCUUGCUAUAAUGAGACCAUGAAUACCUUGAGAUAUGCCUCAAAUGCCAAAAACAUUGUUAACAAACCCCGGGUGAAUGAGGAUGCAAAUGUGAAGCUGAUUCGAGAACUGAGAGAAGAAAUUGACAGGCUGAAAGCCAUGCUGAUGAGCUUUGAGCUGAGGAAUUUUAGUCCAUCUUGGAGUGAUGAUAAAGAUGGAAAUUUGACAGAACUUGUUCUUCAGAAUGAACUCAAGAUUGAGCAGCUGACCAAAGACUGGACAGAUAAGUGGAUUAACAAGAAAGCUAUCAUGGAAGAAUACAGGGUGGAUAUCAAUAAGAAGAAAUCUGGAGUGGCAAUUGAUUCCAGUUUACCUCACUUAAUGACCAUGGAUGAAGAUAUUCUAAGUACUGGAGUUGUGCUUUAUCAUCUCAGGGAAGGAACAACCAAAAUUGGAAGAUGUGAUUCAAACCAGGAACAAGAUAUUGUUUUGCAGGGUGAAUGGAUUGAAAAGGACCACUGCAUAGUAGAAAACCAGCGUGGGGUUGUGACUCUGCAGCCUCUUCAGGGAGCCCACUGCCUUGUGAAUGGGCACAAAGUCACAGAUUCCUUCCGUUUGUCACAGGGAGCUCUUGUUGUUCUGGGUAAAGCUCACAAGUUCAGGUUCAAUCAUCCUGCUGAGGCUGCCAUUUUAAGGCAAAGACGAUCGAUUAGUGAGACCUCUUCUACUGUGCUGUAUAGAUCUCUUGAAUGGUUAAAUCUGGAUGGAGACUUCACACCCUUGCUUUCCUGUAACUUGUAUCCAGGUGAAAAAGAAAGCAGUAAACAAGUAGAUACCAGCCGUGAAGAAUGCCAACCGAAAGAGAAAAACAAGGAUUUUCGCCGCAGUAGGAAACUUCAAAAGCAACUGCUGUAUGUUGAAGAAUUACAGCAGCAGAUCUUGGAUGGAAAAAUUAAAGCUGAACAAGAACUAGAACAUGAUCAGGCAGUAAUCAAUCAGCAGAUCAGAGAAAACCAGCAAUUGCUCAUUAAGGAACAGAAACGAUUGUCAGUGCAGCAGCAGCAGCAGCCGCAGCAGCAGCAGCAACAGCAGCAGCAGCAGAAGCAGCAGCAGAAGCAGCAGCAGGAAUCUGCUGUUCAGACGGAGGUUAAAUCAUAUGUGGAAGCAGGAGUCCAGAAUAUAUUGGAACUGGAGAUUUGCCCUUCUCUGCAGAACAAAAGGAAAUUGGUACAAGUAGAACUUUUGCAAAAAUACUCCUUAAAGAAAGCAGAAAGAGAUUUAAGGAGGAAAAAGCUCAAACUACACUUAGAGAGAAUUGUGAAGAAGCAAAAAUUACUUGAAGCCAAGAAAAACCUGGAACAUUUAGAAGCUAGUUGCUGGAGCAGUGAAGAUAAGGUGAAGCAUUCCCAUCCUCUGUAUCAAAGAACUUCUUGGGACUGCAAGGAUUCACGACCAGGCCAGUCAUCAGAUGCCAGCUCGGUGCAGCGCAGGAGGAAUUCCUUUUUAAAUAUUCAGUUACCUCAUGUCCCCAGUUGCUGUGUUUUCCUGAAAGGGGAUACCUACAAUGAAUUAUCUACCUCAGCACACAACUACAGAUGCUCUCAAGUCAGUCUGUUGAAGAAAUCAUUGUCUGUUGGGUGUCUUCCCAGAACAAUUAAAGAACGUUCCAGAACAGAUAACAUUGGUGUUGAGAUUGAUGACUCCUUCCCAACCCAGAGGCAGCUAGCUGAAAUAUAUAAGUCAUUAUGUCUGCCAAAUGAACAAAGAUUAGGCAAUAGCAUUAGGAAUACACAUAUAAUUUCUCAUAUCUUUGAAGACUGCAAUCAAAUGGAGAAAACAGAUAAUAGACUAAGGCAAACAAGACCUAAAUCCCAGAUUUCUAAGAACUGUUCUCCUGAUCUCUUUAAGAAAAAGAGUGAACUUGAAAGCAGAAAGCUGACUAAAACAAAAGCAGCGGGAGACAAUAGUCAGUGUAUAGGAAAACACUUGGAAAAGAAUGGGACUCAAGAAAUUAGUAAGAAACAAGAAAAAUAUGUAAGAAACAAUCACCAAAGUUCACUGCCAGCCAGUUCUAUCAAAGAAUUAAAAAGGUCAACAGCAUGUGGUAAACUACCAGUACAGCAUCUUAGCCAGACAGCAAAGAAUGUAAAAAGAGAUCCAAAAGACAGACAAUCAAAGGAAGGAUGUGAACUUCUGAGAUUAGCAACUUCAACAGGAAACCUUAACAAGAUAAAAAAUAAGAGACCUCUCUGUCCUAGUGAAAAAAGAUGGCAUAGUGCUGAGGUGCUGAGUGUUGGAAUCUCAAAAAUAGCCCCUGAUCCACUGAGGAGCUGGCAAGAAGAUGAAGAUAUUGAAUUUUCUGAUACAGACAGUACAUAUUCUGUGGAUUCUCUAUCAUGUAUUUAUACAACAGUUCUGACUGAGCAAAUUACGCAGGAAGAAUCAGCUGGAAUUCAGGACACUCUUGACCUGGAAGACUCUGAAAGUGUUGACAGCCAGAUGUCUCAGGAUUCUCUUACAGAAAAGGUCAACAAACCUGAAAGUCAAGAUCAAAAGUUUUUUCCUUUGAUCCAUCAAGAGCCUAUGAACUUUAACAAAGACAAUAACUAUCAGCCUCUCUUAAUACUGGCGAGCACAUCUACAUCAGGCAGUAAUUUGACUGAGCACGAGAGAAGCUUUUCUUUGGAUAGUCUAAGUGAUGUUGAUGAAGUGUCAGAAGACAUGGCAGAGAAAUGCACAUUUGAGUCAUUUGAUGAAGUGCCAGCAGAACUUUUGGGGGGAUUACAAAAUCCACAGUUAGAAAUCAGAAACAGAAAUGAACAGCACAACCCUGAGAAUUGUGAUGAAAAUAUAAUUAAAAAAUCUGAUGACUUGAAUGUCAAUGCUAGUUCUUUUUAUCUGGAUUCUAGACCACAGUCUGGUGCCAGUAGCAUUUGUGACCAGUCCCUGAAGAAGAUGAAAAUUAAUUUUUCAGUUCAGAGAAGUUCUGUAGAUCAAAGACCACAUGCAGCUGGUGAAAAUCUUCCAAUUUCAUCAGAUGCUUGGCUAUCCUAUAGCCUAAAAAGUGGGGAAAGCAACCCCAUAGUAGUGAUGCCUUCUUCCCAAGACCACUCAGAUUUUCAGGUUGCUCAGAUGCACCCUUUUAACACUUCACAUAACCGGAUGAAGAAAGAUGAACUAAGACAGUCAGCUGCUGAAUUAUCAUUUGUCUCUUACAAAAAGCCUCAUCGGAUAUCUCAUGAGCCUAACAAAAUUGAGAUGCUGUUUUCUGCGCCACCAUCAACACCUUUACCAGAAACAAGAAGACAUCUUGAGAGAGGAACUGUAGGAGCUGCAGUGACAGUUUUCAGUUCAGCAGCAGACAUUUUAUUUGAUCAUGUUUCUGCUUUUCCUGCAAAUCAUGGUUAUUGUGAGAUUGCCCCACCACCAGAGUCUAACCAUCAACCUGAUGAAUUGGCCAACGAUGGAUCUUCUGAUAAAUGGAAAGAAACAUCUAGCUGUUUAAAGGAAACUUCAGGUAAUUUAUCUCAAACAUCAGAAAAACAGCACUUCUCUGUUCCUUCAAUUUAUCCUGAGAACAAUGAAGAUUCUAAAAAUAACUCAUUAAUUUCUACAUCCAGCACUCCCUCUUUACAAGGAGAAGAACCUCACAUAACUACUAAUCUAGAAGACAAUGUGUUUAGAACUAUUGAAAAGGAAGGAAUUGAUUAUGACUCUGAUUGUAGUAUAGGGGACUCAAAAGUAGUUUAUUCAAAUACUGAAGAUAAAUUCAUCUGUACAUUGCCCAGUGGACCACCUAGAUUGGCUACAAUGGAUGCAACACAAGAAAAACAUCAAGGCUAUGAAAAUUUGUUUUCAAAAGAGAAAACAUCAUUAUUUAGUAAUGAACAUUUCUAUCUGUGUGACAUAAGCGAAAGUCAAAAUCAUGUUGAGGAAGAAGAGUAUUCUGAUAAGAUGCAUUUGCUAAAACAUGAUGGAUGUCAUUUUGACCCACCACAGAUAAUAAGUUACCAGCAGGUCUUGACAGCAGACCCUUCUGUAGACAGUUCUUCUGAAAAUAAAUUGUAUCAAAUGAAGACAGGAAUCUUUCACCAUAAUGAUCAAUUUACUCCACUACUACAAACCUCUGCAAUUGAGACAGCCACUAUGCAUGAAAACAGAGAUGUCUUAACAGAAUCUGCUUUAGAAGUGCCUGCAUUUAGAGAAGUGAAAGAAAACAAAUUACAAGAUGAAGAAUGGAGUUCAGAAAAUCAUUUUGAAUUUCAGACUGAAGCCUUAUUGAGCAGGUCUUAUUCAUGUUUCUUAGCACAGGGCUCUGAAAAUUGCUCAAGGCAAAAACAGUUGUUAAAUUUGGAUGCUGGACAUUUGAUGGGAAAGAGCAGUGAAGGCAAGAAUUAUAAUGUGACUUGUAUGGAUUUGAUGACAGACAGCGUGGAACGUUUUAAUGUGAAUGUAAAUGAAAAAAAAGCUGAACUUUCAGUUCUCAAUUCUUGUUCAGCUGAUGAUCAAGUCUCCUCACAAUCCAAUCCAAAUAUGUUGUGUAAGAAGACACCUAAAGAACAAAAGGAUGUUUGUGAGACCAGAUCACCUUAUACAGAAAAUAAUUCAAAAGAUAGUUGUUCUGGCUCUGUUAUCUCUACAGAUGGGAAAUACACAAUGCACACAUUUCCUGAUAAUUCUGUUAAGUUUGGCUGUACUGGCAAAACCAAAGUUCGGCACAGAUCUCUGCCUUCAUCAAGAGAAGUGAAAGAGGCUUCACUUUUGUGUGUGGAUCUUAAAAGAAAUGAUUGUUCAGGAGUGGAAUUUUGUACAACUCAACCCAGAAAUUACGCUGAAAAGAAUUCUGUAAAUGUGUUAGAAAAUAGAGUUUUCUCAGCCACAACCUCCCAAGCACAGACUCCUUGUGCAAAUAAAGAAUCUGAAUAUCUCAAAGAGAAAGUUGUCACAUCUGGUGUAACUGUUUCUGGAGAAAACAAGAGUGAACAAAACAGUAAGUCAGUUUGCUCUGAAGAACUCACUAAAUUAAUAAAUAGUAUAAACAAACUGGAAAAUGACAUAUUAGAAAUUAAAUCUAGUAAGGGUAGAAGUUUGCAUAAUUACCUUGGAAUCGAAUCUCAAAGUGACCCUAUAAUGAAUAGGAAAAACUCUGAAUCAAGUUCUCCAUUUCACAGACCCAGCCAUGAUCAUGGGAAUGGUGAAAGGAGAUUACUUGGAACAGUUACACAGGAAGAAACUAAUGCAGAAAAGAUCCAGCUGAAUGAUGACAGUGAAGGAGAACUGGGUGCAACAAAAGCAGCAACUGGGCCUGACAUCACUUUUCAAUCAAGCAACAUAAAUGAAAAUAAAAGUGAAGAAAAUACACAAGAAAGUGAUUGUCACACCACAGACAUGAAAGCAGGUUCUGAGAGAAUUGACUCAGCUGUGUGUAACUUAACAGUUUUGACUAAAACCGCUGUAAACUUCCUUGACGAAUAUGAUGAACCUGUUCAAGCUGACAGAGUUAUAAAAACUGUUUGCACCUCUGUACCCACAGUAAUGUCAGUACCCACUGAAAAUGUGCAAGAGGAUACUUCAGAGGACACUGAAGAACAUAAAAAAAUGCCUCCUAACCAUGAAUGUAAGAGUUGUUUAACAGAAAGCUUGACAUCACCCAAGGUUGUUUUUCAAGAAAAUAAAGUUGAUGGGAAUAUAAUUAAUUUUGAAACAGAGGACAAAGAAAGUGAAACAUCAGAAAAAGAGACAUUAAUUGGGCUACACACCGCUGAAAAUCAUGAUUUGGUCCAAGAGAAGCAAGCUUAUGAUCAUAUGUACGGUGCCAGUGCCAAUGAUGAUGAGAUACCAGAAAAGUAUUUCGUUGCUUCUGUACUGGAAGAAGAGGAUGGGCUUCAGUUACCAGUAACAUGUCUUGAUGCAGAUGAAGUACACCAAGAAAGAAGUCAUGGAGAUGUCACAAAUAAAUUCCUGAAAAAUAACUGUAAUGCUGGUUCUUUAUGUGAAGACAGAGAUGUAAUCGGGCAAUGCAAGAUAAGUCAAUCUGACAAUUUUGAAAAUAUUAAUGUCUCUACAACUUCCAUUGGAAAUGGACCUGAAGUUUUAAAAUCUGUCCCAAAUCACUUCAUACCUAAGAAAAAAGAGGAAACCCCGAUGCAAUUGACUAUUACAGAGUUACUGACUCAAAGCCCCCAAACACAAAGUAUGCAUCUUUUUACAACGGGAGAGGAUGACAGGUAUUUUAGAGAAAAUAGUGAAGGAAAAGAACUAGAAACUUCACAAAAUCAAGGUGAAGUUCUACUACAGAACAAAUACAGUUACUGUUUUUCAAACAAAGAGACCUUGUUCAGUGAGGUAUCAGAAGCAAGUGAAUUGUUUUCUCACAUUUUUUCAAAGAAUAAAGGUGACAUUGGUGAUGACUCCAUAAAUGUUAACCAAAAAUAUCUACCAGAAAGUAGAAAUCAAGACUAUAGAGUUACUGCUGUAGCUGUUAAAGAUUUAUUCUGUCACCCUGCCCAUCAUCCUUUGUUAAAUGGAAAAAACAGAAGUGGAGAAAAUGCUCAAGGUGACCCUACUGAUGCAAACAAUUCUGGAGUGCCAUUCAGAUAUACUGGCAAUGUCGCAGAUCUCCAGUACUAUGAAACACAAAUGGAUGUUGGCAUACAGGCUGGAUCACUCCCUACCAAAGCAAAAAGAGACAAUUCGGAAGUUGUUAUGCAAAACAAAUACAUUAAUUUUCCUCAUGAUCUGCCAGAGCAGGACAUAGAGAUGAAAGCAGGCAUCAGAUUUAAAAAAUCUUCUAAUUAUAUUGCAUCUGAUCAGGUUCCUGGUGAGGAUAACCCAUGUUCAAAAUCAUGUGUUCCAGAGCACCGUGCAUCGCUAGCUUUUGCUUCUGCUGAUGACACAGGCAGUGAAACUGUGCUUCUCACAAAGUUGUUAUCUGAAAAUACAAGUCAUGAUUUGGAGAAUUCUAAUGAAAAACACGGUGCAAGAGAAGACCAAAAGCCAGAACAUUAUUUGCAUUCAAUUAAAAACAUAUCUCCAAAAGAAAGUGCUGUGUUAGAUUCGUUUGGUUCUAGAACAACGAAUAUGCUUUCCUCUGUAAUGUUCAAAGAAAAUGCAGAUGAAAUAAUGCAGAAUUUACCUGAACUUUCUUCGCAGGAGGAUUUUAAUAGUAUUAACAGUCAGAAAGCAUUGGACUCAGUGCUGGAACAUAAUCAGACAAAUAAAUACUUACAAAAUACUAAUUGCACUGAGUCAGAACAUAAAACAAAUAGCGUAAGAAUUAUGGGUGAAUUGGGAUGCCAAGCAAAAAACAACAAGACUCUGGUGUACGGAUCUUCUUGUGACCUCUGUGGAAGGAACUCUGAGGAGGCAUCAGAAGGUGGGGAAGAACUUUUACAGCCCUCUACCCAGGUCUUGUGGGAAAAUGCUAAUCACUGUGAUGACAGAUAUGCCAAGUGCAACAUGAACUCUUACGUUUCUGAAUAUUCUGCUAGUCGGCUGAACAGUUCAGAUACCUUGUCAGAGUACCCUAUAGAUAAGUAUGAAGCUGAUGGUCUUUAUUUUGGGGAAAGAGAAUACAUGAACUCUAAAGUUUUGGAUGUGACAGGUGAUUAUGAUGUCCAUGAGGAAUAUGGUAAAAUUAUCAGUAAGACUGAGAGUUCUCAAGAAAUAAUGGAAAUGCAUCAAAAGGAAAAGCAACAGGAAAAUUCAUUCCUUGAAUCUCUGGGUAACAAAGAAAAUCAGUCUGAGAAUGAGGUUGACAGAACAGAAAUCAGUUUGCUAGAGAGAAGCUUGUUUACUCAUCAAAGUUUAGAAAAAAUAAGCAAUUAUGAAGCAAUGCAGACUCAUUUGUGUUCUCUUAAAGAUUUCCCCAUGUGUACAGAAUUUAAAAAUGCAAGUAUUCCAAGAUCAUCUGACGAAUUCACAUCUUCCAUAUGUAUGCAUUACGCUGACUCAUUGAAAGAUUCCUUUUUGACUUAUCAUUCAUCGUCUGCUUUUCAAGUGCCAGAAGGUCAAGUGGUCUGCCAUCAGGCUUUUCCAAAGGUUUCAUGCUCAUCUUCAGGUAGCCUCAGUGAAUGUGAGAACAAAACUCUACAUGCAGCUUCAUCAUACUUCCCAGAGCUUGCCACUAAUCAAAUGCAAGAAAGUCAGUGCAGUGAUACUGUAAUAUCUGGCCGGCAGCCAUGUACUUUAGAAACUGCUUCUAGCUCUCAAAGAAGCACAAGUUUAGAUGACAGUGAAAUCCACAAAUCUGAACUUGAAAAAAACCAUCAUGAAGCAGAUGUUUUUCAAGAGUUGAAGGUUAAAGUUCCACGACAAACAUGUUUAGAAAACAUUGCCCCAAACUUAUAUCCUCCUUCAUAUUCAUGUUCAGGUUCACAGAGAGAUCAAAGUAUCUAUUUUAGUAGCAGAGUUGAUAUAGUAGACACAUCUACCUCUGAAGCUAACAUUGAUCAUAUGAAUGAAUGUAAGUUGAUGAAUAAAGAAAGGGAAUUUUUGAUGUCAGAACAGCUAAAUCAUUCAGUAAUCAAUGGCAAUAUGUCUUCCAAAUAUGUAUCAGCAAACAGCAAUUUGCCUUUGCAAAAAGAACUUGAACAAGAGAUAUUUAGAAAGAAAAUAUUAGCUCUUACUGCACAGAAUGCGAACAUCGGCAAAGAUGAUAAACAGCUUGGUUUAAAGAGUCAUAGUUUAUCAGCCCCAGCUAUUGCUAUCAUGUCUAAUUUUGAUUGUGCUUCCGAAACUUUGUCUAAAAUAGACUGUUCUGAGCAUCUUGUUUCUAAGUCAUUACAGGAAUUAAAUAUGAGUGUUGAGCCUCCAUCCCCAACUGAAAAUGAUGCACACAGAACUGAAAGUUUUUUAAAAUUUAAGGCAGACAAUGUUGUACCAGUUAAAUAUAAACCCAGGUUUCAAAAGAAAUCAGUUCAAGCUCAGAGAUCCAGUAACUAUGACAAAAGAAACUGGAGAGAACAAUGUCAGAGCAGUCACUCUUCAGACCUCUCUCCUGUUCUCUGUCCAACAGCUGUUGAUCACACAACUCAUAGCCCCAUGGACACACAGGAAGGAAACCACUCAAACAAUGUUCCUUUGGUAUAUGGACACAACAUGGACAGAAAAGAAACAAGAUAUCAAAUGAAAGCAACAGGUGAACUGUUACCAGACAAUAAAGAUACAAUGCACUUUAGUUCAAGUGAUAUUGAUCCGUAUAUUCACUCAUGGCAGCAAGAUGAACACUGUAAGAUUGGUUGGAAACAGUAUGUGUUUGGAAGUGCAAGCGAUGUCUCUAGUAACCUACCUCCAUGGAGCCUGGAUACUCAGUCAUUUAUGAGGUGCUCCAGUGUAGAUAAUGGCUUAAAUACUGAGAAUUCUUUCCAUUCUCAUCUCAGUUCUUAUGCUAAUGCAAGAAUAUUGUCCAGCACCAUAAGUAGCACAGAUGACAUUCAGGGAUGGGAAGCUACAAGAGAAGGCUUUGAAUCUGCACAUUCAGAUGAAAGUAGCAAGCAUUAUGUGGAUGUUUCUCAUGAUGAAACUACACCUGAGAACUGUGUUUUGAAAUGUGAAAAUCUCUCUCAGCAAUCCGGAAACAGCUCCAUGCAGGUUGAUGAAAUUGUUCUGCUCUACCCUUCUGAGUCAGAUGUGCUCAGCAGUAAAAGUGAAGGGCUUCUCACUUGUGAACGGGAAACACAAACAGAGCCUCCAGCAAAGCUUAAAAGACAAAAGAGGCACCGCAGAAGCUACACUGAUGUAUCUUCAAGAAAACCAGAGGGAGUGCAGAGUUCAUUUCAACAGCCAUCUUCUUGGUCAAGUGUACAGAAUCUUUCUAUGCAUCUUUCACAGCUGCUUCACAACACUUCUGAACUGCUAGGAAAUUUUUCUUUACACACGGUUAAAGAUAAUGAACAAAGUGUCCAAAAAACACCAGAUAAGAAAAGUGUGAAAGCUGAAGUGUCUGACAGCUAUACUCAGACGACAGAAGACAUAGGUAUUCAGACAGAUAAUUUACAAGACCCUCAACACAAAAACAAGGAAAACCAAAUCAAACCUAAAAUGGAAAGUGAACCAGUGAAAUCUCAGGAGGUAAACGUGAUUGUGAAGGUUGUACAUACAGAUACUGUUGCUCUGAUGAAAGAGAACAUAUCAGAAAACAAGGGACUGGUUCCACAGAGCAUGCCUGAUUUAAGAAGCCAUGAUAACAAUAAAACUCUAAACGAAUCCCGUGUGCCGCAGGGCACCUUAAAUAAAGACUUCAGUCCUUCUCUAGAAGAACAGAAGAUUCCAUUGGAUGCUACACAAACUGUUACUCUUGGCCAUCCUCAAGCUUCUCUAGCUACAUCUUUUCACUCUCAACAUGAUGAGACUUCACACUCAGUAGUUAGUAUCCCUUCCUCUACCAUUCCUCUGUCUUCAGCAUACUGUUCUCAAGAUAGGAAACCAGUGGGUAAACCUGGAAUUCCAGAGUCAAGGGAGCUGUACUGCAAGAACAGCUUGUUUGUUGAUCGUGCAUCUUCCCCUAUUCUGACACUUAGUGCCAGUACAAUCAGUACUCAGCAUUCAUUAAACAAAGCCACUCCUUUCAAAAGCUCUGUUGGGAAUCAGAGAGAUAUAGCAAAUUUACUAAAUAAUUUUAGAAAAAGGGAAUCGGGUUCACCAUACGACUUGGGUUCUCUGGAUCUUCAUGUUGAUACUUCUUCACAGACAGACAGUGAGUCUACCACAUCUCGAGAUAGCAAGGAAAUUUGCAAGAAGUCUGAAAAUGUCUUGGAGAAGAAUACAGUCAAAGAACCUCCAGGAAUAGGUUCAUUAAAACAAAAGCACAGGUUUACUAUUGAUACACAUACUGCAAUUCACACCAAAAGACUCUAUCAUUCAAGCAGCACUUUGGAACUUUCUAACCACGGGGAAUACUUACUUGAUGAUCAUAGAGAGACUAUGCCAGGGAAACAUUCCUUUCAUCAGACGUGUGCCACCAGGAGAGCAAGAAACUUUUCAGGUGGAAUCAAAUAUGGAAGUCCUAUUGGAAAUUCUGAAUCUUCACCAAUUAAAAUGUCCUUUCAGGUACCUUUAAAUGAGCUUAAUAUGUCUUCAUCUUUAAAAUCUGCUGAGUCCCCAGAAUAUCUGCUUGAUUCUUUUUCUCCUCUGUGCCAUCGAACUUGGAGAAAUAACAAAAGCUAUCCGGGUUCAACAUCUGAAAUGAGUGAAUUGCAAGGUGAUGAUAUGGCUGAUGAAGAAUCAGAUGUGGAAAGUAAAUGUAACACUGAAAUUCUACUAAAUGAGAAUACUUCCUCAGUAAAGACUCACAGACUUCGUAGCUAUAGUCUUCGUGACCUGCCUGUGCACAAUAAAUUUAGCAACUGGUGUGGUGUGAAGGGUGGUCCUCACUCUUCCUUAACUAGCCUGACUCAAAGUACUGGUGAUAUCCAGAGUCCAGCAGAAAGGAGGACAGUUAACACAAGAGCAACAGAAGUUCAAGAUCAGUCCUUGCUUGGUGAAAGGCGAGCUAGAGAAAUUGAAAGACUACAAAGAGAGCGUGCCCAGGUUAUGUCUGGCGUCCAUUUAGACAUGAAUCAUCCUCCUCUUACUGUGGAACUUACUGAGGCAAAGUUAACUUAUGGCAUUGGGGAAACUGACGCACAACUGAGGAUCCUUCAGGGUGGAGCAGCUGAGAAUUUGACAUCAGUGCCCACUAAACAGCAACUUUAUCAAAGGCACAGAACAUCAAUUGAGAUAUUGAGAAAGCAGAGAGAGGAGAGACUUCAGAAUUUGAGAAGGAGUCGCAGCCUCAGUCCACAAAAACAUCUUAGUCUUUUGCAGUCAGGGGAUAUGAACCAGAGAGAUUCAGAUCUGCCUAGCCAACACUGUGAAGACUUACAGCAAUUGAGAAAAGAUGUGGUGAAAAAUACUAGAGUUCAUGAACCAAAAAUGAGGAUCCAGCAUCCUUCAGAGAUUGAGCUACUGCUUCGAGAUUAUCAGAGAGCACGAGAAGAGACAAAAACAGAAAUUGCCCGAGCCAGGGACAAGCUUCGUGAAAGAGCAGAGCAAGAAAAGAGGCGUAUUCAAGAACAAAUGUUUCCUCAUCAACAGAAGGAAGAAAUGAAGCUGAAAACCCUUGUAAGCACAAGUACUUUAUGCACAGAUUCUACUCUCAGUCUAUCUUCAGGACCAACAUCUGGAUACAAUAGUAGUAACACAGCAACAUAUGCUGCUAGCAUACUGGGCAAGCAAGAAGAGCAGGCUUCUGAAGAUGUAGAACACACAAGAGGCCGUUCAGCGAUUAGAAAUCAUCAGGUGUACAUUCUUGAGCAUCUGCAAAAGGAUUCUACUAAUGAGACUGUUCCUACAACACCUUCAUGUAUAGAGAAGAGCGGUAUCCAGUCACCACUUCCUGCCAGCCAUAGGUUCUUUCAUAGUGUACUUGUUUCCCCCACCACCUUUCCAGCUUCUCCUAUGAAAGGAUAUGAGGAUUUGUCUAAAUAUGUCUUGGCUAAUGCUACUGCAGAGGUUAUGGCAGUAUGUUCAAAUGACCUGAGGAACCUUUACAGUGGCCAAGCAACAGCUGGUUGGAAAUACCAGUGUAUGGAAAAGGAUGUACUAGUUUAUUAUAAAGCCUUUUCAUCCUCUGCCACAAAGCAUGGGUUCCUGGGAGCAGGAGUGAUUGACAGACCUCUUCCUACUGUGUUGUGUAUGCUGAAGGACCCUAGCAAAAGGCAUUUGUAUGACAAAACUAUUACCACAGCUCAAGUACAUAAGAAAAUAACCAGCAGUAUUGAGUUGGUGUAUGUGGUGAGUGACAUUUCAUUGUGUUACCAAAAGCAACCAAGAGACUUCUGCUGCAUCUCGGUUGAAGCCAAAGAGGACAAUGUAUCCAUCCUAGCUAUCCAGUCAGUGUAUGAAGAAUCAAUGCCUCGUCCUUGUAAAGAAAUGGUAAGAGGAGAGAUUUUGCCCAGCGCUUGGAUAUUAGAACCUGAUACUCUGAAUGGAAGAGAUAUCACUAAAGUCAUCUACAUGGUACAGGUUGACCUUGGGGCUCCAGCCAUCCCUGCGAGCCUCCUGAGCUCCGUGGCCAAGCGGCAGCCUUUGGUGAUAGCUAGACUAGCUCACUUCCUUGCUGGUUAGGCACGCAGGAAACUCUAUUAAUCAAAUUCAUCCAAGUAUAAAUACGAGCAGUUCCAGGAUUUUAGUUUACUCACUGGAAGCAAGUCAUCCAAGAACAUGGAUGCAUGGACUGCACAACAUCAAUACUGAGCAGCUGGCUUGGGCCGCAGCUAUCCAAAAAACUAACUUCAACUGAAACAUUUGGAGAUAGGCAGUUUCUACAGAACCUAUGAUAUUUUAUAAACCACCUACAUUGACAAUCAAAUGUUGGCAAGCAUCUGCAGUUUUAAACUGAGCAUUUUCUCUUCUUGGUGCAGCAAGACACAGAGCUAAUCUAAACUUGAAUUUAGAGGCAGACGGUUUGGGGUGUGUUUUAGCAGCCCUUCCAUCAUUGCAGCAAAGCUACUGUAAUGACCUUUGCAGAGAACCUGGCCAAAAGGUGCUGGCAAAUUAAGCAUUAAUUCAGUAAUUGUACCUAGUCAGCUUCCUGGUUGGAUUAGAUGUCAGUCUCUUUCAAAGUGAAGUAAGGGUAUGGUGACUUAUGGUCCUGUAAUAGAAUAUGGUUUAGGUAUGCUUCUGAUGAUACAUCAGAUAGUUGCUAUUUAAUCUGUCUGAAACACUAACAUGACUCAGGUAGAAAAGACAAACAUUCUGUUGCAGAAUCAAAAAAUGCACGUGCUUGAAACUGGAUAGACAAAAUAAAUAGUUGAAAAGCAUAAUGAUCACUGCUAUGUCACAUCUGGUGCAUCCAUUAGAUUCUCUGUUAAAUGUUGGUUUGUGGGACUUGAAAAUAAUAAAAAAAAUCAUCGUAAAGCAGUAUAAGCCCACUGGACACCCCCACCCCCCGUGCUGGAACUGGCCUAAAACUCCAAGCAUAUCCCCCCCCUUCAAACCAUAUUAAUCAGUGCUUGAAACCCUUACUUAUAACACCACUCUAACUUUCUCUGCGCUGGGCUUAUCAGUAUUCCAUAAAAACCGUUCCCUCUAUGACAUGACUGCUGUUUGCAGUUCUCUUAUAUACUUUAUAUUAAAUAAAAUUUGUUUUGUAACAUUCCUGUAAUUCUGUUUAUAAUGAAUUUAUACAACCACCUCCCACACACUGUAAACUAGUAUCUCAUAGCAUAUUUUAUUCAUGUGAAGAUAUAAGCUAUUUGAUUCAGGUUGUUGCUAAAAAUAGACUUAAAAGCCUAGUAUAAAUAUGUUACUUGACUGCUAUUGUAUCCUUUUCUGCCACCCUGCUCUUGUUAGAAGCCAGCUCCUUGAGCUUUGUGACGCACCUGUAAUAUUUUUACUGGAGCUAUUAACUGCUCCCAACUUACUUACAGCAUUCUAGUAACAGUGGAAAUAGUAAUAAAUUCAUUUUCUUAUGGUAGCAAGUGGUACAAGUGAACAGGUAAUGGGGGGGAUUAGUGUGCGGUAAACUUUAGUCAUCUUUUCUUUCAACAGAAAGGACUGAGAAUAGUGGCAGGAAAGAUGAAAAAUGCACAAUAUUGCUGGUGCAUGAAAAAAGUAGCUUAACUGAUAUGCACUGGUGAUGACCAAGAGUAAUGUCUGAAGAGCUCAAUAUGGGCUACCCCAGACAUUUUCUGCUUUCCUAGCAGCCACUCCUUUGGAGCAGGGUAUGAUACAGGCAAGGUGGAGUCCUGCAGAUACUCCCUCCCCCAGAAGGAGUUAACAACUAGCUCAUUAUCAGACAUGGGGUUGGGGUUAAUUUUCCACAAUUUGCAAAUUACUGAUUCAACUGGAGAUUAAUACAUGACUAUUAGCACAACCAAGCUUUGGAACUUUGAAUUUGGAGGAAGCAUUAAAUAUAGUAUGGUUUACUUAUGAUUAAAUGAGCAGAAACUCUGGCUGUUAGCCCAAUUGGUAAGCAUCUAUCUGUUGAGAACUCAAAGCACAGAAAUUAAGCUUAGUAAAACCUGGCCAAAUGGUUUGCAACACCCAGUCCUGUGGAUAACUUCACUGUUGCUGGGUAAGGGCAAUUCUGUAACCUACCCAGAGUACCAGCAAUGCAUAUAGUAAUAUGUGAAUUUAGAGACAUAUUUCAGGGGAUAUUUCCAGCUAAAGACCUGCUAGUUGUUAAGUCCCCCCCCCCCCCAGCUUUUUUUUUUGGACAUGGCACUCUGUUAAUGAACCAAAUAGCAAGAACAACAUCUAAGAGGGACUCUGCUCUUAAUACAGAGGAUGCCUAUUGAAGGAUAAUGUCUUAUUGUAUUAUACAGUGCAUCAGAAGUUUAUUUUUAUAAAAGCAUACAAUUGUUUUUUCUAUGUUUACUAAUUAAUUUAUUUAUAUACACUUGUUUUGAGGUGGUUUUAUAUGCUGAAGCGAAUUAUUAUUUUUACAAGUAUUCAAUUAUUGUACGCUUUUUAGAAAUAACUGAUUCUUUAAAAGUACUAUUUAUAUAAUGUUUUCUUUUGCAAAUAUGGUACCUGAGAAUGCCUAUAAUGGAAGAGUAAUCUAUUAAAAAGGGGGGAAACUAUUUUCUGUGCAAUCUUUUACUCAUUGUGGAAGAAAACACCUGCUUACUGUACCAUAUCUUUAGCCCAUACCUGCUUUUAACCAAGAUUGCUAUUUUCAUAGCCUCACAAUAAAGUUUUCUAAAUAUG